AUGGCGUCUUGGGACCUCCUAGACGACAAGGAGGAGCAGGAUUUGCACAAGACCCGACUGGUCAACAUUGAGGAGAAGCCCUUCAAGCGAAUCACCAAGAGGCUAACGUCCAUCUCGGCGAUUGUGAACGCCCAAUCGAAACAACAACCCACGCCACCACCUGAAGGCGCGAACGGCGAGAAGGAUGCUGAUGCCGAGUCGAAGGAGGAGACAAACGCUCAAACCCUGCGAGAGGUUGGCCAAAUUAAGGACGACCUCACCCUCGACUUUGCUGCCUUCGAUAGCAGCAUCGCCCGUCUGCAAUUCCUCCUCGACGCAAAUGUCCGCGAGCGCGAACGCUACAAGGCCGACCAGCAACGCAUCCUCGAGGAAUGCCAAAGCGUCCGAGACAACAAUGCGCGGCUGCGCGAGCAGCUGGAGGGCGCCAGGGCGACGCUUGCCCAGCGUAAGGAGUACGACAAGCUCGCCAACGGGCUCAUGGCUAAGGGCCUUCGGCCGCGCGGGGAGCAGGAGUCAAACCUGAAGAAGCUCGAGGAGGAGAUUCGCGACCUGGAGAAGGAGAGCGAGACGUACGCGGGUACGUGGCGGGAGCGACGCGAUCAGUUCAGCAAGAUUAUGGAUGAGGGCAUGCAGCUGCGCAGACAGAUCCGCGACGAAAAGGAGGAGGUCGAGAGACGGGAGGGCAUGAACGAGGACGGCGAGGAGGACGGCGAGGCUUCGAGAGGAGGGAACACGCCUCGGCAUGUCUCCAGCGGCAACGUCACGCCGCAUCCAGACAGCGGUGCCGUACCGAGACCGACGUCGGCGCAUGAUGGUCAGUCGGAGGAUCAGUCGGAGGGUCUUAAGCCUCGACCGGGUGGCCUGGGUAGCUUUUCGCGGUCUGGCAGCGCCGUCCCGAGUCAAAAUGGUACCCCUCGCCCUCAAGACGAUGACGAGGGCGAGAUUGAAGAGGGAGAGGAUGUUGAGAUGGUUGACCGCCAUGACACACAGCUCACCUCGGGAGGCGAUACGCCUCAAAUCACAGUGGACGCGCCGGAGAGGAUGGAAGUGGACAACUAG